UUUAAUUAGUUGAGGUGUCUAAUAAUCCCCCUAUAAAUACCUCUCUCACAUUCAUCAUCUCCUCACUUCACACUCCGAUCCCUUUUCAUCUCUCAAAUUCCUCUUGCUCAGCCACUCCUCCUGCUCUCUCUAUAUUCCCAAAUGGCCACUGCUGUUGAGGUUAAGUCAGUUCCAGCAACUUUGCCAGCAGAGACAGAAGAAGUGAGCAAGACUGAAGAGAUCAAGCAUACAAUCACCCAAGAAGAGCCAGAGGUUGCUGCACCACCAGCUGCUGAUGCGCCAGCAGAUGAAGUAAAACCAGCCGCUGAUGCUCCAGCUGUAGAGGAACCCACUGCUGCGGCUGCCUCUGAAGCUGAGGAUCCAGCUGAUGAAGUUGAAGCCAAAGUUGUGGUAGAAGAAGCUGAAAAGGUUGAGGCAACAGAGGAGACUAAAGAUGAGAAUCCAGAGAAGGAGGAGGAGAAGGCAGAAGACGUGGCAGCUGUGGUGGCACCAGCCGCAGUAGCGGAGGAGGCUCCAGCGGCAACGGAGGAUAAACCAGUUGAGGAGGAAGAGAAGAAGCCAGUGGCAAAGGAACCAAGCACAGAAGUUGCUGUUGAGAAGAGUGAUGAAUAGAGGGGUUCUUGUUUUGCAUGUCAAAGUUGGCAACAUCUUAUCAUUACAUUUUUGUCCAUUUAAUUUGGUGUUUUUAUUUAUUUAAUUUAAGGGUUUGAAUAUUUGGACUGUUAUUAUAAUAAAAUAAUAUAUUAGAAAGUACUCGAAUCCACUUAUAUCCACGUCAGCAUGCUUGCAAAGUUGGCUAGUAUAUGAAAAUAUUGAGUUUGAUAUUGGUGA